UGUGAAAACGCGUUCAUAUCUGUAUUUGUUGCUCGUGGGAAUGUUGUUUGUCAACUUUUCCCACGCCGAAAUGUAACAAAUUCUCUUAUCACGUGUCCUCCUCGUGCUCUUUUAAAGAUUAUUGUAUGCACCAUGAUUAACAGAUGCCUUGCGUUCACUGUUUCAACACCUGGUUGUAGCUAAGACAUCUGUUUGGGUUUUAUGAUUUGGGCAACAUACAACGACUGAUGAUCAUUUAAUCUAACUUUUAUUGAUCCGUAUCCUGCAAUUCAUCAUGGCAAAUUUUUCCGAUGCAAAUUCGUCAAAAGGCCUUCCUCUGAAAAGAACGCGGAAUCCGAAGUGUGCCAGAUGCAGAAAUCACGAAUUCAUCGUUUCACUGAAGGGACACGUGGGAAGGUGUCCUUUUACUCGGUGUAUUUGCUGGAAAUGUGCCCUUAUAACUGAAAGAACAAAAAUAAUGGCUAAACAGCGGCGAAUCAAGAAAAAUCUAACUGAGGAUUCAGCAGAGAACGAGGCUUUGGAAAGGCCCAGUUUUGUCAACAUUAGUGGGACAGUUGAUGGAGCGUUAGGCCAAAAGGUAACAGCUAACGCAUGUGCACAAAUGUCACCAGAUGGCAGAAACCGUGUGGAAACUGUCAAGAUUCCGCCGUGUAGGUUUGAAGAAGCAGAUAAAACCUAUGCUGAGCUGGAAGUUCCUACACAUGACAUAUCUGCCACAGAAGAACCAUGGACCAUUCGCGAGCCGCCCCGAAGAAAACUACCCCAUGGAGGAGCUGAUCAUGGCGCGGUGGACUGCAGGGAUGGCGAUGGGCGAGAUGGCUAUCAUGCCCAUAUGCCUUGGAGUGGGUCAGAGCACGACGCGCCUUUCAUGAUAGCUCAGAGGGAUAUCUUCAGCGGAGAAAUGAUGGCAUUGCCGAUGCCAUUGAGGUUCUACUCGCGCAUCAACACCGGCUAUGCUACAUGCCCGGCUAUCUUGGUGAAUAUGCCGCCUCCACCGCCACAAGGAAUUUUCAAGAGCGGUCAUGGACCCAUGGUAUUUCAACACUUCCCUCGUGCACCAGGAACCAUUCAUUACCAUCCAGAACCUACACAGACCACUGGGAAUAUGUUGUCUGAAUACACAGUACCCUUCUUUUCCCCCCCUCCCCCCACCACCCGCUUAGAGGGCAUCCAAGAAGAGCUGUCCCCAAGGAUGAAUCCACAGUCUGGUCCAUCGGGGGGCAGGGAGCAUGGAGCAGAUAGACUUGCCUUAGGGAGUCAAGGUUCAGAGGGGAAUUCUGUGGAACAUUACUCAUCUCAAGAGAACAUAUGAAGACAGAAGUUUUGGAGUCAGUGCCCUGAUGUCCUCUUACCAGCAUUAUUGUAACAAUGUAGUUAUUAGAUUUGACCUAAAACACACAUUUCAUUUAUCACUUUGGAGACUAUCUUGUAGAUCAAGCUACUGGGUUACAAUUCCUACUCAAACAGAAUAAGAACCAUUGGUUUAAUGGACUCAAUUAUUCAACAAUUUCAGAUGUAUUGGUAGAUUCAAAGGUAAAUCCAAAUGAUAUUUUAUCAAAAGAAAAUUAAGCUAUUGCUUUACAGUCCUGUAAUUAAAUCCAGUGUAAAAUUGUAAAAUUGAAACGUGAUUGAUGCAGACCUAUAGCCUCCUGUAGGUCACAGAGGGUGGGGGGUCUGGUGGUUUGUUUGUUUGCUUAUAACUACAUAACCCCCUCCAUAUUUCAUGGUUUACAUGAGAGUUCUAUUUUUUAUUUACUCAGUUUCCAUGCAGGGUACAAGUUUGUCCUGGCUAAGUUACUUUUCUGUUGUUUAUCACGGUUCAGUGGUGUUAUCUGUUCUUGGUCUGUUCGCAAAUUAAACUUUCAUAGGAAAAUA